UUAUUAUUAUUAUUAUUAUUAUUAUUAUUGAUGAAAGAGAUAGAUUUGAAACAUUCAACAAUCUUUACCGCAUGUCGUGUAAAAUAGGAGAAGACUUCAAAUCUCGAGGCUGUAAAAGAAAAGACUUUUGUGGACGGAUCUGGACUGAGGUGACUGCAUUAGUGGGCGAGGAAACUGUUGCAUCACUCCAGCUUGCUUUCGCACACCCCGGACCUGCUCAUUCCAUCCAAGUGCCGGGGAUGAUGACAUUUCCUGUCUCCGUGUAGAUGAGGAAUUGCGAACCGAGAAGCUGUAAAUUCAUAGAGGGACUCGUAAAACCGCUAAAAAAAAGAAAAGGAAAGAAAAGAAAAGAAAAAUCACUUCCCCGCACUUCUGCAGAGCGUCACUUGACUUGUCGCCUCGCGUCGCUUCUUUCAGCAGGAGUUGGCCUUGAAGACAACUUCAAAACAGAGCUGGAGUUGCAGCAGCGGUUGUCCCACCAGCAGCUCCUCAUAGGGCUGAAUAUGCUAACUCUGCACCGAGUUCAGCAGCAAACGUUGCUUCUGUUGUUGUUCGUCGUCCACCUGAGCAGGCCAGUAUGUGUCGAUGUGGCGUCCGACACCGAAGCAGUGCUAGGAAGCUCCAUGAAGCUGACAUGCAUCUCCUGUUUGAAGAGGGAGGAACUCAAACCAAACACAAAUGUGAAUUGGUAUUUCACGUCAAGUGAAAACAACACAUAUGACAGGAUUCAUAUUUUUGAAAGUAACAAAGGAGACUCACAAAGCCUGGAUGGACCCUUUAAAGACCGUCUGAUCUGGAAUGGUAGCAAAGACCUGCAAGACGUCUCCCUUUUGAUCCUACAUGUCACAGAGAGCGACCGUGGUAUUUACGAGUGCCACGUUAAUCGCACGUUUGAGUUUGGAACCUAUACACCAUAUACAGUGACGAAGAAGAACAUCACACUGACCGUGAAAGAGAAAGCUUUCUUCUGUUGUCUGUGAAGGCCUUAAUUCAAACCAGCUACUUUGCUAUCUGUUUAAAACUGGGUAAUGUAUUAUGCUUCCUGGAUGUUUGGCCUGCUGAAUGUUUCAUCUUCCACCUCAGUCGAAUAUACAAAUCAACGUGUAUAUUUGGAAGUUCCUAAAUCUGUUGCAUUUCUUUAGAUUUUCAUUUUUACUGCCUGCAUUUGGUAGAACUUUUAAUAAGAUGCAUAUACACGCAGAAUGCUGCAGUCAGAUUUCUUUCUGCACAAAUAUCAAAAAUCUUCCUUCAUAUUUCAUACAACAGCGGUGUCGAGUUCCAGAAAGCCUUUUCUGCAGCAACCAUUAUGCAAUAUGUUCUGAUAAUGAUUUUCAUGGUAACAAAGUGGAAACGCUUGCCUUCAGUGGAUCUGUGCUUUCUCAUCUAAUGGAUCAUAUUACAAAAACAGCCAAAUCAAGUUGGACAAACACAGUUCUUCUGAGAAGGUUUUCUGGAAUUUGGUACAAACAAACAGGUUCACAGUGGCUCAAAAAUGUUAAGCUUUUAUAUACAAUUUCCAGACGUCAGUUUGUUGUUCCCAAGACAUUUUGGUUCCCAAAGUCCAGUUUCAUGUUUAAAUCAUCUGUUAAGGUUCUCCUCCAAACGAAGUCUAAUUGUGAUUGAUGGUUGACGUUCAGUGCUUCGCAAAAGCAUUUCUGCUUCUUUUAUAUCAUUAAAACUGUCAGUGCAUCAAUGCAUUUUAUUAGGGUUUGGUGUCAUGGACCAACAAAACAAUUCACAAACAGUUAAGUAGAAGGAAAGUAAUACACAGUUUGCACACUUCCAGCUGAAAUAUUGAAAGUGUUGUAAAUAUUUGUUUUAUAUCUAUUCUCAACUUUCCUGCUUGUCAAAAAAAAAAAAAAAAAAAGAUAAAUGUUCCCAUGGGAUGAUAAGGCUAUGCCAUGUUUUGCCAUGGGAACGCGCUGUUCAAGGUGAUGUGUGAGGUUAGUUUUCCAUCAUCUCCUGUUUGGCUUCAACAUGCCUUGUGACAAAACUUUAAACUGGGUGAAUGGCGUAUUUUCUUCUCGGAAGGCUUUGUUGUUUUUUCCACUUUAGAGAUCAGAUUUGGAUGGUUUAUGGCUAAUAAAGGCUUCCUGGCAGAUUCUCCCACCUGAGCUGUGAAUCAGCUUAGAGGAUUAGGGCUGAGGAAGCAGGUCAAACUUUUCAGUGUUUUAUAAAUAAUACCAAAAAAAAGUUGAAAACAAUUUUUUCUCAGAUCAGAAUUAUGCACAAUGUUCUGAUGGUCGAUUACAUGAAAACCCAAAAAUACAUUGAAUUUU